AGGUUGUUCGCCACUCUCUGCCGCCACAACUGAUACCCGGCGUCUCGCAGCUCACCGUCAAGAAGUGUGCAAAGUGCUUUGCUCUCCGCCGGUGGGACGUAUUCGCAGGGAAUUCCCUAUUUUCUGUUUCUUUUUUCUUGCCCUGUCCUCUUUCGAUAAACUAACCCUCUAGGAAUCGUAUGCAUAAAAAUAGGAACGAUUCUAUUAUUAUUAUUAUUGCUAUUAUUAUUAUUCACUCCCUUUCAACAAGUGUCUUGCCCACAAUGGACGCGAUCGAGCUAGUAAGUAUCCUGCUCGAAGGCAACGAUGCUGCGGUCGCAAAAACGGUAGCGAGCGACUCGUUUCUGAAGCUGUGCAACCAGCCGCUCGCCAACGGACAGUACGCCAUCCACGCACUGGCGAACAAGAAAAAUGCCAAAGGCGUCGAGACGCUGCUAAAGAACGGUGUUAGUGUCAAUCAGGAAUCCGAGGAGCAGGGAAACAGCCUGGGCUUCACCGCGGCGCAUUACGCGGCCGCUAGCAACUGCGUCCCGGUGCUGGAGGUGCUGCAGGCGCACCGUGCCGACCUUAACCACACCGCCGCGGACAAGUGGACCCCGCUGCACGUGGCGACCUUCCGCGGGCAAAGCGACGCAAUCCAGAAACUUGUCGAGUUCGGCGCUGACAUCAACUGCACCACCGGUGAAGGCCACACCCCUCUGCUGUUUGCCGUGAACCUCGGCCGCGUGAAGGACGCACGCUUCUUGUUGCAGAGCAAAGCGUGUAUCCAGCUCAACGACACGAACCGCGACAAUCUCCUGCACUACGCGCUGCACUACCGCAUGGCACAGCAGCUGAAGGGGAAGUACAAGCUGCCCGACACGCAGCUCGACAUUGCCGUCCUGCUCGUUCUCCACGGCGUGCGUCCCGACGAGCCAAACGCGGCUGGGAAUCUGCCCACGCACUACGCCGAAGCAGCGCUUCCCUCUCUCCCCAGGGCGCUCUCUGCUCUCUUCGACAACGCAAUCAAGCUGCUGUGUGCCCCGCUGGAGUUCAAUUACUUGACGCUGGUCACCGCGACGAAGGAAUUUCUCGUGGAGGCGGUCGGCAUCGAAGACGCCAAGGCCGAGGAGCUGCAGAGGGUCAUGCGUGCACUCGAGACAGAGCGCCAGAGCACGCGUCGCAGCACCACCACGGCCCCUCCGCAGCCUGCUGCCAUGCCGCCCGGUCACCCCGCCGUGCCGGCUGAUGUCAUGAAUUUCGCAUCCGGCGACCCCAGCGGCGGCAAAUGUCCGUUUUUCGCACGCACGGCGAAGCAGCAGGCGAACAAGCGUGCGCUCGACAGCGAAGAGGAGCGCGCCCACUGCCCUUUUAGCGCGUACACCAUUCGCAAAAAUCAGACGGCGCUGAUUCUGGCAGGAAUCGCUUUUCUUGUCGGAUACGGCUGUGGCAAAUCUGGCCGGUUGUAG